AUGAGUGCACACUUACCACCUAAUGCCCGUCAUGAGAUACUCAGCGCGUCUUCAAAUGUUCUCCACGGACAAAGUACGCGGCGAUCGCGCCGGGCGCCCCUUGCAUGCCAGCAUUGUCGACGUAGGAAGGUACGCUGUAAUCUGGCGAUAGAAGGCGCACCGUGUGUCAAUUGCCGCCUGGACGGCUUUGCCUGUGUCCUUCCCCCAAGAAGAUUGCCUCAGUGCCUUAAACCAAGGCGAGGAGGUGACAGCAGUCACCCAACUACGGCCAGGCUUGACGACGGGGCCCAGGAUGUAAACGACACUAGGGAACAGGGGGAGGAUAAUAACACAGCCGGUUUGAAGCAGGCGCCACGUCAUAUUCGAGGCUCCGGUGGCAGUGAUUCAAUCUCCUCGACAUUAGUCCCCUAUGCAUACUACCCCUACCUAAUUGCCCCCAACCUGCAUCGUCUUCCACCAUCUGAUAUUACCUUCCUGGACUCCCAGAAGUGCUUCAGUGUACCGUUCGGUGAAUUUCUCGAGACACUUAUUUCGCACUACUUUCUCUAUGUGCAUCCUUGCUUGCCCGUUAUUAAUGAAGCUGAGUUCUGGCCUGUAUUUCGACAGCGAGAACGAGGCAAAACCUUUUCCUUGCUGGUAUUCCAGGCGAUGUUAUUUGUCGCAAGUAGCUAUCUCCCCGUCGAAUAUGUGAAUAGAAGCGGUGCGCAAUCAAUAAUUGCUCUCCGGGAUACUUUCUAUAGGCGCGCGAAGUUGAUUUACGAUUUCGAACUCGAGAACGAUCAAGCUCGGCUUUGUCAAGCUGCAAUUCUGCUCACGUAUCGGUGCUCCAGCACAGAUCGCCUUAGCAAUACGACAUGGCUCGCACUUGGGAUCCAGCAUGCCCGUGCAGUGAAGGCCCAUGUCUAUCACCGUUACCCUGCCAAUGAAAGAGCUGUGUGCGUUACGCUGAAACGUCUAUGGUGGUGUUUAAUUUUGCGGGAUAGGUUACUCUCUUUGGGAGUGCGACGAGCGCUCCAGAUCCUCCCAUGUCACUUUGACGUAUCAUCACAUUCUCCUCUCAUGUAUGAAGACUUGGAAGAUGAAGUCCAAGCCUCGGAGGUCUACGACGCUGCUACUAAAAAAAGACUGAUCGAAAUCGUAACGAGCCAGUGCCAGUUAGCUGAAACGAUGACCUUGCUACUGAUGACGGUCUACCCUCCAGGUGACCACGAAAACGUUGGACAAGGCUUAGAUCUAAUCCCAGCUCGAACUGAUGAUCUUAAAGAGCGCCUCCAAUUCUGGGAAUCAAACCACAUGAUUCAGGUCGAUCCAUCCGACGGGCAGUCGCACCACGCAGUUGUCUUCUAUUGUCAAUUAACCUCUUUAUACUAUCAAUCCGCUCGCCUCGUACUGUAUCAUUAUAUAUCCUUUUGCCAUUUCGCUCAGAAGAACCCGGAGCCCACUGCCCAGGGUCUUGAAGACCCGGACCUCGACUUAAUGGACGCUUUGACAACGAUGAAUGAGAGAGUCAAAAGGUUUGUGAUCGACGGCACAGCAGGUCAAUUACCCAUUGGCGUUGUCGCAUACACCGUUGCCCCGCAGAUACUGCUCAACAUCAACCUCCGGCUCUGUCGGAACGACAUCGAGAGACAACGUCAAGAGCAGCCUCUUCGGUUUUACACCGAGAUCUCUCGCCUUUACAACAUACGCUACGAUGUCGCAUAUGUCUCCUCCUGGAUCCGACAUAUAGUCCGUGUUUUUGACUUUCGUAUAUCCCACGGGGGCUUGGAACUCUUGAGACAGCGAAACCCGCCGGUCGAUACACCAUCUCAGUCAGCAAUGGCUACCGCGAAUCGAUGUUCGAAGGGUGGACUGUCUGAACUCCUCAGUCGUCAACCGUCUGUCUAUUUUGAGCUUGUUGCUAUUGUAGACUAUUUUAUGUCAACCGGCCGCGGGGCCUUUGAAGCCCCCAGUGCCUUUCCUGUCCUUCCGUCUAUCCAAUGCCUGCCUCUAUAUCAGGAGCCUAACCUGCCGCUGUCCUUGCCUGUCGCAGAGUUGGCCGCCGAGCAACCCCUGGCUGAACACCCUCUACCGUGGCCGGAUAUGGAAAAUUUGGAUGAGGAGGUAUCAGAAGCGUGGGACUCAAUCUCGUUAGACGGAAUGUGGUUAAUCCCAGGCUCAACUGCGAGUGCCGCAGUGAUGGCCUCUGAUAAGGAGGGAGUACAGAUGGAUGAUCUGCCGUUUCCUGAUGAAGAUCCGAUUUGUACUGAUAGUAUAUGGCGCGAUCUAGGUUUAUGUGGGGAGUAG